AUGAAAGAAAGAAUCGAAAGAAAAUGUGUAGAUCCUAUGAGGAUCUUAACUCCUGAAUUAUAUGAUCUAAUUUUUCAACAUUUAAAGCCAAAGGAUCUCAUGAGAAAGUCAUUUGUGUCAAAAUUAUGGCACGAAGAAAUUGGAAAUUCACAAAAUAUGAAACGAAUAAAUAUUUUCAUCUACAAAAACACCCAAGAUGACCUGGAUGAAUCGUUCGAAACUCUCCUAACAAGCCAACGGAACUACAAAAAUGUAUCAGUUAAUUUAGGUACGUUAGUGUUCGACGAAAGUCUAGAGAGAGUCGCGAAAGUGGGUCAAACAAGUUACAAGAAAGUAAAAUAUAGCGAUGGAAAGAUGUGCAAAUCUUUAUGGCCAAUGGAAUGUAUUGAAAAGACUGUACAAACAUUAAUAUUAAGCUUUAUACGAUGUGAUUUUGAAUGUGAUAAGGGAAUAGUCUUUAAAUUCCCACAACUAAGGCACUUGACACUUUACAAGAAUGCACAAAAUAUUAAUUUGUUAUUCAAAAAAUGCACAAAUUUAUUAACAUUCGAUUAUUCGGAAAGGAAGGAACUGAAUGAGUGGCAAUUAGUCAGAGAAAUACUAUUAAAUAAUUCAACAAUGAAGACAUUAAGUUUACAAAUUAUGAAUGGAAGUGCACAAAUUAAAAAUAUCAUUAACUUAUGUAAAUUUCGACUAAGAAAAUUGUCAUUUCAUUCACCAAAGUUGAAUGUUCCCAUGACUGUUGACAAUCGGGAAUUAUUGUGUGACAUUUUACAGCUACAAAGUAAAUCCCUUGAGGAGCUAUCAAUUAAUCAGUGGUGUGGAUAUAAUGGACUAGAAAUUAUAUUUCAAAUGAAAAAGUUGAUAAAUUUAACAUUUGAUAUUAAUUAUGGAACUGAGAGUCUCCCAACUAUUUCUUUAAACGUCAACACAUCAAUUACUCGAGUUGAUAUUGAUGACAUGAAAGACAAUGACUCAUUUAUAUUAUAUAAAAUUUUCAAGUCACUUCCUAAUCUAAUAAUUUAUAAAACAUGUCUAAUGCAAAAUCAUGACAUGAUAAUGCUCGAACGUCACUGUAAAAAAUUGAAGGAACUUUAUGUUGAGAAUUUUUCCGUCAAUUUUGUGCCGACAAUUAAUUUUUUCCCAAACAUUAUGCUGUUUAAAUCUCUUGAUAUUAACAAUGAGAUUGUGAUGUCGAUUCUCGCGAAAGAAGACUGUAAACGAAGUCAUUUCGAGCGGUUAGUUUUGGCUGCAGCCACCUGGAUAUGCUGCUUUAUGGCUUGA